AUGGGCGAGGUAGGAGAUAGUGAUGAAGGAAGAGAGGGAGGACGAAUGGUAGUGAUCAACGAAGGUGGCUGGCUUGAUUCGACUGCUCUGAGGGAGCUAGUCUUUGGCUAUGAAGAGGAGUGGUUUCGGGAUGUGGAGAUUGGCGAUGAGUGA